AUGCCCCGUAAUAGUUUCCUGCCGUUGGACAGGUAUUUCAACACCUUCAACCGAAGGGCCAUAGCCCGGAAUAACCCUGAUCGCUUCAUCUUAGUCCGCCCAGUGUUGGAGUACAUUCAUGAACGGUGCCAAAUUCUUGUGGUUCCUGGCAACAACCUUUCUUUGGAUGAGGGGAUGAUGCCUUACAAAGGACGUCUGAGCAUAAAAGUGUACAACCCCAAGAAGCCAAAGAAAUAUGGUGUGAAAUUGUCAUUUAUUACGGAGUCCAACACUGGAUACGUCGUGGACUUCUCUGUGUAUUCCAGGGUCUUCUUCACGCUGCGAUGGCACUGUGUUCAGUCUUGUGGAUCUUUUCCCAAAACCAUGGGACACCACCUGUUUAUGGAUAAUUAUUAUAAUUCGGUAUCCCUGGCCCAGGAACUGUAUGAAGCAGAUUACGACUUCUCGUCAGAUAGUGGACCUUGUGUGUCGGCUGCAGCCAGGGGAUCACACACUGGAGUUCCUACGGAAGGGCGCAGGCAAGAAACGGUGCCGGCUGUGCCAUAUGAAUGGCUGAAGGAGAGACACCCCGGUUUUUCUUCUGUUCGCACAUGCAAUAUAGCUCUUUGUAGGUUCAGGGAGUGUGACCGCAAGUACCACACUGCGGUCGUAUAUUGGAGUGCGCCUACCCUAGGGACAACGGAGGGCGCAGAGGGCCGCCGAAUGGCGGCAGUCAUCAGCAGUAAGGGCAUGCGUCUCCCUCCCCCACCUCUUCGUCCUAGAAAUGGGUUACCGGCCUCUAAGAACGAAAAAGAGUACGUCUAUAGUCUUCACAUAGAUCUACUUCUAACAAGAACGCUGCGAAAUAAGCCGGGUAUUAAGCCUUCAACAACGUUUGCAGUAAAACAUUAUAUCCAGCCUUCUGGCUCACAUCUUACUCUCAUCGCGCCUUCCUUUGCUGUUUCAUGUAUAAAGGCAUUAUACUACGUCCCUACUACUCUAGCAGGAUUAUCUGGCGAUAUGGAUUAUAUCUCUAAAAACUCUUCAUUCGAGUAUUACCCCUAUAAAGGUCACCUUGUCCUCUUGUCUAAAUCGUUUGGUGCUUGUGUAUCACCUUUAUGA